UUGGUCGCCAUCUUGUCAGUAGAAUGUUUUGAAACAAAGUGGUGUUGUUUAGUGAAGUUGUGUUCAUCAAUAUAUCAAAAUUGAUUAGUGUGAUGUGUACCGUUCCAAAAAGUUAAAAUUGAAAUGUGUUUAGGAACUUCAUGGUAGAAGAAUGAUAUUUUUUCUACAAUCUAUUAAUCAAGUGCUAGUGUUUGGAUUUACACCCACUUCCAACUGAUGGCUGGCAAUAUUGUGGUGAAGUUUGUGCGUGCAUCAUGUGACAAGUGUAAAGUGUAGUGGUUAAUGGUAGCAAUGCUGCCAACUCUCUUUACGCGUAAUUCAACUUCCCUCGCUCCCGGGUAGAGCUAGUUUUGUUUUAAUGUAGGUUAAACCAAUUACAAUGAGAGAACAGGUGACUUUCAGUAUAUCUGAUUGGGAAAAAUGGAUUUUGGAUGCUAUCCGAAAAAUCCGUGCCCAAAAACAAAGGCCAUCCUCUGAAAGAAUCUGCCACGCGGUGCGUCAACACCAUCCGCAUAGUGAGGAGGUAAUAAAGGAUUACUUAGAACAACUAGUGUCUGCUGGUACAGUUCUUAAAGUCUUUAAUAAAGGUCAGAACACUUACAAAGAUCCUGGUGGAGUGCAAAAUUCACGGCAGUUGAAACUAACCAAAGAGUCUGAUCUGACCAAAGUAAUUUGUAGAGCAACGCGUGAACUACGUGAAAAGGAUGGGUCUACUUUAAAAAGUAUAGAAAAAUACAUUCAACAGUCACAUUCUGUGGAACUGUCUGAACCUGAUGUAGAUCUGUCCACUGUGAUAAGACAAUCUGCCAAACGUGCCGUUGAUAAAGGAUUAAUUGUUCUUGACGGGAAAUUAUAUAAGGCUGUGGAAGACAAGAAUGUCGAUAAACUAAAACCAAAAAAAGAAAAGGUAAAAACCGAUUCGUCUGACGAGCCAACUAAACCGGACAGCACAAGUGAUAAACCAGGCAAGUCAGAAAAGACUGAAAAAGCCGAAAAAGUAGAUAAGCAAGUCAAGACACCAAAAUCUACAAGAAAGAAGAGAUCUUUGGACAAAAGUCAUGGAUCUGCCAAGAAGACAGCGUUGCCAAUCUGCAGCGAGUGCCUGGGCACGGCGGCCAAGAAUCGGGAGGGGCAGGAGGAGGCAUUGAGCUGCUGUGGCGGCUGUGGAGCAGGGGUGCACCUGACCUGUGUUCCACAGCUGGAAGGGCUGCUAGGGCCUGCAGGCUGGUACUGUGAGGACUGCCGGCUCUGUGCGGGUUGUGGCAAGGCCCAGGAGCAGGCUUGCCUGGUACCGUGUUCAACCUGCGAGAGGGUCUACCACAUGGGUUGUCUGCUGCCUACACCGGAGCGGAAGUCUAAGGUACCAUGGCGCUGCACGUAUUGCCUGGAGCCUCAUGACAAGCCUCCACCGCCACCACCUCCUGCUGUGGAGCCGUCACCCUCUGCCGCCUCGAUACUCAGCCCACACAAAAACCCCCGCCGCAGCAAGGAGCUACGAAACCAGAGGCUAGCGGCUCGAGGGCUGACGGGACGUAAGGGCAAGCGAGUCAGCGUGGGAGUCGCAGAGAGCAGCUCUGAGGAUGGUAAUGAGUCCCCUCCCCCUCCACGGCUCCGUCCCCUCCCCAGCCCAUCCUCUCCCUCCCUCCCCAGUCCGGCCAGUGGCCUCCGAGAGGAGACCAGCGAUCGUAUCUCCAAAGAGAAACAAAAGUUCUUCCGUACGAGCGCAUUCUAUGCGAUGCGCCAGGGUGGUGUGUCUCGGGGAGUGCGCAAGAGUAGUAGCAGCAGCAGCGUCAGUUCCAGCAGUGACAGUGAGCCCUCACUUCCUUCUCCUCGCUCCUCUCUCCCCACAUCCUCUCAAGUUUCAGAAAAGGACAAUAGGUUAGGACUUAGGUUGUUAAACAAUAGUGAGCAUAAAACGUUUAAAAAGUGUGAUAUUAAUGUUAGUGAAUCGAGUAAGAUAGUGAAGGACAAUAAGGAAGUGAGACCUACCAUGAAGAGUUAUGAUGGGGAAUCUCGCAAAUCGGUGCCUCUGAGGUCAGCGACCAACCAUGAUCGGUGUAAGACAUCGCGACUCACCCCUGAGCCGACUCAAUCCAGUAAAAGUGAUGUGACAAAAAGCCAAAGUGUGACAGCAGUGCAGGUCACUCAAGUAUUUUCUAACCUGUACAAAUCUUCUCCUCUGGAUUCAAUCCCAUUCCCUGCCACCUGUAAAAUCCCCACACCCCGCACUGUGAGCCCCACCAAGACUCAUGCAGGAGGGCGACCCCCACUCAAGCCCGGGGGCAACAUGUCGUCCCUAAUCAGCAGCUUGUCUAACAGCUAUCUGAGCAAGUCUAGCAGUGUAACUCUGGGUCGCACCGAAAAGACUAACCAAAGCGUAAUUUCUGAAGAGAAGGAGAAGCCCUGGGGAUUUGCAGCGGCUGCUGCUCAGAAGAAGACUGAAAUUUUUGGUUUGGAUAAAAGUGGAACUUCACCGACUCUGAGUAGUUUCAUCGAUACCAAGAAAACUGUACCUGUUCCUCCAAUCAAACCUACUCUAAAUUCAUCCUUGGUUUCGAGCUUGAGCUCUCCUCUAGUGUCCACCUUACACAAACCCUUGAGAUCCACAAUGAGUACACCCUUGGGAUCUUCUCUGAGCACUCCGAUGGGAAGUUUAUUGAACUCCCCGUCAGUGUCCUCGUUGAACAAGACUGUUCCGAGGCCUGGCUUCGGACAGUUGAAGGGUCUGUUUGACGGGCUCAGUCACCUGUUCACAACUCCUGCUCACAGUAGAUUCCGGACCGGUGCAAACACUCCGAACUACAAUCCAGGGAGGCGGAAACCCCGUAAAGAGUUACCAAAGAGAAAACAUAAGACUGUCUUGAACGAGAUUAGAUCGAUGAAAAAAGUGCCUAAAGCGGGGUCACCUCCGUCCUCAGAAGAAGUGACUAAACCUCCCCCUGCCCACCAUCCUGUGACCGUGCCCAAUAACACACCCCCGACCAUUGAGAAUUAUCUGAGUCCAUCGUUUCUCGUCAAAACUGCCGUCAACGCUAAAAAACACGAGUCAGAGAAGCGGCGUAUAUUCAAGGAGGAAGGUCCAAACAUAGUUUCUGACUCGAUGAUGAGAUUGCAUGAGAAACAAGCACAAAAGAGAGAACUGAUCGCAGCCGCCACUCUGGCCCACCACCCCCAAAACCACCACCCUGUGCCUCCAAUACCACCUCAGACGGUGCGGGUGCGUCCGGCCGAUCGCUCGGUGUUCCAACGUAUCAACAGCAUGCAAGACUUGCCAGAAUUUGUCACACAACAGGAUGUGGAAUUGUUCAAGCAGGCCAUCCAGCAGCGGAUCACUCCCGCUGACAGAGCCAGUGAGUCCACUCCUGUAGAGCCUGUGGCCACCACCUCCACGCCCGGGGGUACGCUCCAGCCGAGGUGUCCGGCUGCCAUCGAGUUUGGCUCCUUCGAGGUCCAGACUUGGUACUCCUCACCUUUCCCCCAGGAGUAUGCCAGAUUACCAAAGCUUUUCCUCUGUGAGUUCUGCCUCAAGUACACAAAAAGUAAGGCAGUGCUGGAGAGACACCAAGAGAAAUGUACGUGGAGACAUCCACCUGCCACAGAGAUAUAUAGACGCGAUGAUAUAUCUGUGUUUGAGGUGGAUGGAAAUGUGAAUAAAAUUUACUGUCAAAACCUCUGCCUCCUGGCCAAGUUGUUCCUAGACCACAAGACUCUCUAUUACGACGUCGAGCCUUUUCUAUUCUACGUUUUAACGAAAAAUGAUCACAAAGGUUGUCACUUGGUGGGGUAUUUCUCCAAGGAGAAGCACUGUGCCCAGAAAUACAAUGUAUCCUGUAUCAUGACGUUACCCCAGUACCAACGCCAGGGCUACGGCAGGUUCCUCAUACACUUCAGUUACCUACUGUCGCGGAAGGAAGGCCAGCCUGGGACACCUGAGAAGCCACUCUCUGACCUGGGCAGAGUCUCGUACCACGCCUACUGGAAGUCCAUCAUCCUGGAGUACCUCCACAAACACCGGAAUGACCCAUUCUCGAUUGCAGCCAUCAGCAAAGAGACAGGGUUAUUCUCCCACGACAUCUCGACCACGAUGCAGCUGCUAGGGAUGGUGAGGCAGGUCGGUGAUGGCAACGUUGCCCUCGUGGUGGACUGGGAUGUUGUAGACACUCACGCGCAGCGGGUGGCAAACAGCAAGACCAGAAUAGAGAUAGACCCAGAGUGCCUUCGCUGGACCCCUCUCAUCUCUCACAUCUCCAAUCCUUUCAAGAUCACGGAGUCUGAGGAAGGAGGCAAAGUGGAUGUAGAUGUAGAAGAGAGCACAGACAAGACUGAUGAAGAUGUAACGAUGACGGAGGUGGAGAGAAGCGGGGUCAAACGAAGAGUGGUGAAGGGAAGAGGGCGAGGCAGGGGGCGUGGCAGGAGACGAGGCGGCAUCGUGCUCAUGGACUCUGACACUGACCAUAGUGGCAGCCCCCUGCCUCGCAAACGCAAAUCUAAACUUAUCACCAAUUUCUUCAAACGGCGAGAGAUGACACUGGACAAGGAGGAUACAGAGGAGGAGGCUAGUGAGGCCGGCCGCAAACGCAAGCGCAGAUCUCUACCCCUCACCGACACGGAGACGGAGGGCAAGCGAGCCAGGACCACUCCGGGCAGCGCCUUCUCCGCUCUUACUGUGUCGAGGUCACUGGGACGAGGCAGGGGCAGAGGCAGAGGUCGGGGCAUCGGCAGGGGAAGAGGCAGAGGUCUCAGCAGACACAGUAUCAGCUCUCUCACACCCCGUAGAGGCGGCCGUCCACCCCGGAUAUCCAUUACAACGCCAGAGGGUGAGACCAAUUCUCCCGCCUCCACCCCCACCACCAAGCUGGCCAACCGAGCCUCCAUUGCCGCCAAGUUGCGGUGGCAAAAGAUCCACGCUCGCAGACUUCUGGAGAAACAACAGGCUGCUCUCAACAAGCCGGCGGAGAGUCUGGAGGGUAUGCCACAGUUGUCGCCAGAAGUACACAAUGGAGUCCCACAAUCACCUCCACCACUGUCACCUCCUGCUCUGCCGCAGGAGGGCAAAGGAUUACCCAAAAAGCGAGGGAGAGGUCGGCCCCGCAAGCUGCCAUCACCCACACCGCACCUGCAGCGUGAGGAGAAGGAAGAGGACGUUGGUAGUGAUAGGAAAGAAAAUGAGGAGAGCUCUCCUGCAGAGGAAGAAGCGAAAAAAUCUAGUCCAGAGAAUGCGGCAUCUGUCAACAAUGAAACUGAUAGUGAGAUGGUACCUGUGGCGGUUGUGCCUGCAACAGAGGAGGAUGGCAAGCUUUCGGAGUCCAAAGAUGAAGGGUCAUCUGACCAGCAAGAAAAAGACAAGACAAACAUCUCUGAGGAGCAAGAGAGGGAGAUUUCUGUGUCCAGUCCACCCCCACCCCAAUCCCAGCCUGUACCAUCCCCUCAACCUUCCCCCACUCACACCCCUGAGCCUUCAAAAGCCAAGUCUCCGUCUCCUCCGCCUCCCAAAUCUCCAUCACCACUACCCCCUCGUCAGGAUACACCAGAACCCAAGUCUCAGGUGGAAGAUAAAGAAGCAGUCCAACCUCCUGCAAGUGCUGAGAUGUCUGAAAACAAGGAGAGAACAAGCAGUCCUUUGGUUGCUGUGGAGGAGCAAAGUCGAGAGAUCAAUGUAGAGGACGAGGAGGUAACAGUGGUUGAUAAAGAUGAUGAAAUGAGGAGACCAGAAUCAGGUAUCAGACCACCAGACAUGCCAAGGAGACAAGAAUCAGGUAUCAGACCACCAGACAUGCCAAGGAGACAAGAAGCAAACAACCAGGCACCUGACUUGUUGAGGAGAGCAGAACCACAAAAUCGGGAGCCAGAUUUAUUAAGAAGACCAGAUCAAAUUCCAGACAUGCUAAAGAAACCAGAACCAAGCAGUCGACCAAUGGACAUGCCAAGUAAGCCAGAACCAAGUAAUCGAGCACCAGACAUGCCAGUUCUGACGGAAGAGUUAGAAGACACUAAGCAGAAAACUAAGGAGGAUAAGAGUGCACAGUCAGAACCUACGGUAGACCUUACUCAGGGUGAGGAGUCUAUGCAUGAGUUUGAACGGAAAUUAGUUGACCAAGCUGUCAUUACGGAUAGAUACCACAAGCACUAUGAGAACCAUCAGAAAUCUACCUGUGAAUCUGAUUUAAAGCUAGAGAAAAAUGAUAAGAAAAGGAUGUAUGAAUCUGAGUACCAAAAGAAGAGUAUUGAUUUGGAAUAUCAGAAAAAGAAUUAUGAACUGGACUAUCAGAAGAAGAUGAAUGAGGAGUACCAGAAGAGAAUUGAUCUUGAGAAAAGGAGCUACGAAGAAUACCAGAGGAAAAUGGCUGAUCAAGAAUACCAGAAGAGGAUUUAUAAUGCUGAGUAUCAAAAGAAAAGUCAUGAUUAUGACCAUCACAAGAAGAGUUACGAAUUGGAUCAUCAGAAAAAACACGAACAGCCUGUUGUUAUGGAAGUGGACAUCAAAGGGGAAAGUACAUCAAGAGAAAGUUCGAUUAAAAAUAAAUACUUACCAAAGAUUGAAGAAAAAGAACACAAAAAGAGCAAGACAGAUAAAGAGUAUGAAACAUCACCUGGAUCGUUGAACAAAAUUCCUGACAAAUCGCCACCACCAAUUGUAGUUAUUGAUGAUUCUGAACGUAACUCCAAUUCCGAAGACAAAAAAAUCGACGUUGACAAUUCAAGUGGUAACACCACUCCACGAUUAGAUCACAGUGUAGAAGCACAACAACCUGCUACGCCUGUCAAUCCUGGAUCUGUGAAACAGACACCUCCUCAACCGGAGAUCCCCAGCAUGGGUGUUUACACUCCAGACUCAACAACUAAUUCAGUUCAUUCCCUCCAUGGCUAUGGUCAGUGUGACCUUGAUGUCAGUCAGCUGGGGUUGGAGUCCCCUACAAGUAUUUCGUCUAAUGAUAUGCCUCCAUCCGUGGGAGCACCUGAGCCUCCAAGACCCCCAUCAUCACAAGCGUACACUGACUGUGCUCAACAGCAGAGCACGAUCUUCCAUCACCAUCACGUCACAUCCUCCCCGCAGCACUGCCCACCGUCGCUGCCGCAGUACCAGACUGCCUCCACCAAGCAGUCCAGUAGCCGUAGUAAAUCCUCUCAGAGCGUCAGCCAACACCAUUCCAGGAACCGGUCCACACCCCCUGCCCCCUCCCCAGCUUUACACCGCUCCACACCACCCCAGCAGUCUUCUCGCCACCAUCAACAGUACCCCCACCAUCACACUCAUCAGCCCAACUACAGCCUUGUACCCCAGAUGCAGACCGGAUCCUACGCAGUGGGUGUUCCCAUGACGACAGUGAUCCAACACCGCAUGACACCUGGAUCCCAGCCAUCACCGAAUCAAAGAGUCGGUGCAUCUCCGUCUUGUUCAGUAUCAGCACCGACCAACUUCUAUAUACAGAAUAUUCAACCCGGGAUGCAUGCACACUCACACACACCAACCCCCAGUCCCACUACAUGUUCGGGAGUGCCUCAAACCACUCAAGGGACUCCAUCCUGCAGUCUGGCAAAACUCCAACAAUUAACUAAUGGAUUGGAUAUGAUUCCUCCGGGACACUGUACUAACAUGACACCUCCCCCACCCAUGAAUCUCACCCCGCCACCUAGUUCCCAUCCCACCAUGACUCCCCCACCAUCCGCCCAUCAAAUGCUACAACAAUCCAACCUGGCUAGUUAUCACAAGUUCUAUCCUAGCAACAUGCCUCCUUCCAGCAGUCGAUCGUCGAGUCGCUCGUCUAGCGUACAGAUGCCUCCUACCAGUAGCUCCUCACGGACCGGUGUCACCCCCAACGUGACUCUCAAUCCUAACUUGAUGGCGGGGUACCAGUUCAACGGCUACAGGAUGGCGGGACAGCAGAGUCCUGCGACUGUUACAGGAUACAUCACCAACACAGCGGGCUUCAUCAACCAGGGACAGAUCCCCGUACAGAUGGGUGUUAUGAACAUGGCUCAGAGUCAGUACGCCCAGGACCCUGCCGCGAUACAGCAGAACCCCAUGUACACGUACGGAUACAUCAACAGCAACCUCAUCAACAGUACACUGAGACGUUAGUCACCUCGGGACCAAUCAUCAGACUAAUUAUAGUACAAAAUUAAAAUGUUUUUAACGACAAAAUAAUUUUCAAAAAUGUAAUCUCCAAAGUUUCAUAACGUAAUGAAAAGUGAUAACACUUUUUUAUAAAAAUAAGUGUUUUGAUGUUUCCAUAAAUCGGUGUCAAGGCCUUAUUGAUGGGUGGUGUUGAUCCCAAGUCGAGGUGCAUUUUGUCUCUGUUACAGGGUUCAAAUGUUAUUAUUAUUAGUGAAUGUUCUUGUUGAUAAUUAUAAUGUUUAAAUAUACUAGUUUGUAUGUAUUAUUUUAUUUAUUUGUAAACUUUGUUUGAUGUAUACUGAAAGUUAUUUACCUUAAUUUAUUUAAUAUUGACUUUCUUUCUGUAUGUUGUAUUUAUGUACAAAUUAUUUUAUUAGGUUCUUUUUGUCAGGAAAGAGCGGUAUUUUACUUAUGUUUAAUAAUAACAGAUGGAAAAAAAAACAAUUAUUUUGUUAAGUUUUACGUUUUACUCAAAGCAUGUUUUCUGUUGAUAGCAAUAGUAUGUUAUUUUUAUAUUGUUACAUGAAAUGUUGAUUCACAGUAAUUAUUAAGCACUCUGUUUUUAAUAUUAUGCACAAGAUCACGUAAUAACCUACACAUCUGAGAUAGUACAUGUUUAUUUUAGUACAUGUUAAUGAUAAUUGUAUUAAACAGACUUGUGUUGCAAUAGCUAUAAUAUCUGCAUAGAAAUAGUAAUUUGUACAUAAAUAUUUUGUUGGCAACAUCUGAAGCAAAGCAGUUUGUACGGUUAAAAAUGUGUUUUGUACCUACUUUCCAUUUUAAUACAAAAAAUAAUCGCAAAAGAAUCUUUAACAAAUUUUUAAAUCUAGUUAAAAUAAUAAUAUGAAUGCUUUUUUCUUAGUAGCUAAACUGGUUGAGAACCAAAUAAAAACACAGUUACAUAACCAAAAAGUAGCCUACUUAAACGUUAGCAAAAUUGUUGCAUGGAAUCUCAUUAUCUUUAAGAACAUCCCGUUCAAAAAUAGUCAAUUAUCUUUGAAAGAAAACAAAUCACUGAUAUUUUCACUGAGUUUACUUUCCCUUGACUCAAAAUAGUUAUUUACUGUUUGUUGUUUCUCACAAAUGUUGCGUCGUUAGUAAAAUUAAAUAAUUCCAACUUGAAACUAACAGUCUUGUACAUUGACUGUAACUUCUCUCGGAGUUACGGAAACGGUCAAUUGUCACGGCAGAGAGAUGGCGCUGUGUCACAUAAUGUAAAAUAGUGUUUACUAACUAUUUGAUUGUUAGGUUUUGGUGUUGCGAGAUGUUUAAUAUAGUGUUGAGUACAUUGUACAUACUUUAUAUUCCAGCACUGUGUGUAUCAUAGUAGUUAGGAGAGUCAUUUAUUUUUGUCACUCGUCUCGUAAGUACAGUACAAUUCAGUGUAACAUAGGCUAACUUUUCUCCCCUUCUCGUUAGUUAUUUUUAUAACAUACAGCCCAUAUAUUUCUGUUUAACUCCUGUUUAUAUGGCAGCUUGUCAGUUCUUUUGAGUAAAUUUUAAUUUUUUAGCAUUACAAAAUUAAUUUUAACAGUUUUUUUUUAAUUUUACCACGUGAAGAUUUUCAGAAGUGAACUGUAGCAGUUGUAGGUGGGAUCCAUGUGAUAAUUAUUGUUUUGAAUCAAUAAAAAUCAUUGAUUUAGAUUGUAUUGCAUAGGCAUUACGAAAAUACCAUAAUAUGGUUAUAGUCAAAAGUGAUUUGUAUAUAUGUUUUGUGAUGUAAAAAAAUCAAAUGGUCUGUUGUUUUUUUAAUAUAAAUCUAUGUUACUCAAUGUAAUUAUGAUUCUGGUCUUUGUUAUUGUAAGAUCAGUCUUGUAGAGAAGUAUUACUUAUUUUUAAUAUAAUUUCAUGAGUUUUGUAUGUAAUUUAUCUUAUAACUCUUGCUGUACAUAGAGAAGCUAAAUUAUACAAUGUUAUUACACAA